AAGUCAUACUGGUGCCAGGCGGUAGUUAAUAUUCGUUAGUUAUUAGAUUGAGUGCGUUGUAUAGUUAAACGCUAAAGUUAAAGUAGUGAAGUGACCGUWGUUAAGUAUAAUACUUAUAAGUAGACCAGAUAAGUCAGACGUUUUAAAGUCUUGUCGUCAUCCUAAUAUCUUCGGUAUACUUGACUAUCAUCGCAUCAKAGGAUUUGUGUUGUUSUUCUUAGUUGUCGAGUGGUGUUUUUACAAUUAACAUCGAUCACUGACGUCUUUUUUCGUGGCUUCCAAUCACACAGCUGAGCUCUUAAAGGGAUUUUACUAAUUUACCUUCAGUUAUUUUUCGAACUUCAACAUGCCUGAAUUCGUUGGYGACUUUGAUSAAACGGAAUUUGAACGGUUGUCGUUUAAUUACUUAGACAUGUCUUCGGUAUUCCACCUGAAAGAUGUCAAUUACACCAGACAGUUUGCGCACAUUUACGCCCACAGACUGGUACARAUGAGAGACAUUUUGCAAGUAAAAAUACAACAAAAAUGGGGCAAGAAGUGUGAUGUUUAUAAAUUAUCUGAAUUACAUGAUAAAAUUGGAGAGGAAUGUAUUGUAAUAGGCACACUAUUUAAACAUCAAGAACUAAAACCUAGUAUUUUAAAGGAAAUUAGUGAAGAAAACAAUUUGAUACCUCAACCGCCUAGAACUCAUUUUGUUUCCGAUACAGAUGAAGUCAUAUUGGAAGAUGAAUUACAAAGAGUGCCUUUAACAUUUGAUGGAUUGAAUGACAAUAGUUUAUCUUUAAAUAAUAUUAUGACUGGAUGUAUUAUAGCAGUAAAAGGUAUCCCUCAUGAUGGUGGAAAAUUUGAUGUAAUGGAUUUUUGUUGGCCUACACCAUCAGCUGUUUCUAAAAAACUCACUACUCGUAGUUCAAGAGAUGAUAGGUUUCUUGUAUUAAUAAGUGGCUUAGAAUUAGCUACUAAUGUUGCUACUCAUUCAUGUUAUCCGUUCGAAGGACAAGAUCCAUUUAUUAUAAAAGAAAUGCCAGACGUGUUCUUUGUAUCAAAUCAACAAUCAUUUCAGACAUCACUUAAAACAAAUAGCAGUGGCAAAUCUACUAGACUUAUAAGUGUGCCAUCUUUUUCAUCAACUCAAACUUGUGUUYUACUGAACCUCAAUAAUCUAGAAUGCCAUCCAAUAUCGUUUAAGACAUUCGCUCCUUAGUACCAUUCAAUAUUAUUUCAAAAUGUAAUUUUGUUUCAUUUAAGAUUUAUUGUUCA